AUGGCGUGCUUGCAGGUGACUGUUUGCGCUACGAGUGCUGUGGAGGGAAAUGUUUCCAGUGAGGCGUACGGCAUCAGGCGCAUUGCAUGGGCCUCUUUCUGGACACAGCUAUCCCUCGCCAUUGUUUCUGCGAUCGUGCUGACUUUCACGCUGUCGUCCGCCAACUGGGGGACUGUGCCACCGUUGCCUGCCCUCUUCACGCUGUUUGGCGUGGCUACCUCCUUCAUAUCCACCUUCCUCUCCUUUGGGAUUGUCAGGUCAGCGCGCAAGGUGAUUGUGGAGAAGGCAACCAUAAAGAAGGAGAGCAUUGCCAGCACACUGCUCGCAAACCAGACCCUCAACCUGUGGGGCAUUGCCUCUGCCUUGGUGGGCCUGCAGGCGACUGUGGGAACAUUGGUGGCCAAGAUCCUUACGAGCACCACACAGAAUCCCUACGCGGCGGCAGGCCAAGCCGCUCGCACCGCAUCGCCCACUGCUCUGGACGCAUUCUCUGUGCAGGCUUGCACCAACACCAUUUUGGCGCACUUUGCCUCUAUCGUCUUCGCCAACUGGCUGCAGAGGACCCUUCUGAAGCAGCAGCGCACGCCACCCAAGCCACAGGAGCCCGAUUACACCCAGAGAAGGGGCCCCUCCGGAGCUGUCUACUGA